CAUCGCAGGAGCUCACGCGGCCACCGUACUUGUUGUAAACAUGUCGUCUGACGAAGAUAGCGUUGAGGAUUUCGUGACUUAUGGAACUCCUUUAGAGCCUCUGGAAGAAGAUGAACCCAUCAGAAAGCCGGUACCUGUGCACGAACAGAGUUACAGGAGAUUUCACGGUGCUUUCACUGGUGGCUUCUCCGCUGGUUACUUCAACACAGUCGGCUCUCAAGAAGGCUGGACUCCAUCAACGUUUGUAUCGUCUCGACAGCAAAAGGCAGAGAGACAGAAUGCUAGACCAGAGGACUUUAUGGAUGAGGAGGAUUUUAGUGAGCAUGGUAUUGCCCCUCGAGAGAUUGUCACUACAGAUGAUUUUGCAUCUGAGAGGAAAGAUCAGUUAAAGGACAAGGCACGAGCGGUCAGCUCUCUUGCUGCUCUGAUACCUGGAGACACUGGACUGCUGGAGGAGCUUAUUGCCCCUGCAAGGUCAUCCAUUGGUGUGGCGCUGCUGAGAAAAAUGGGCUGGAAAGAUGGCCAGGGAGUUGGACCAAGACUGAAGAGAAAGCAAUGCAAGCAAAACACUGAUGCGGUUAAAGUUUAUGGCUGUGUGUUGCCACGCAAUGGAUCAGAGGAGUCAGAGUUUAAAAUGUGUUUAUGUUUUGUAGGCCCAAGCUCUGUGUUUGAGCUGCUUGGCAGUAAGGACAGAGAGCGGCUGAACGAGAUCCGCAGUGUAGCCAAGGAGCGGAAUAAAUCUGUAGGAAACCUUUCCUCAGCUGAAGAUCGAGCUGCUGUGGUGGCUUCAGCUAAAGCUGCUGUUCUACAGGCCCUGUCCAGCCGUUUCCAGUCAAACGCCCCACAGCCCAAUUCUCUAACCUCUCCAGCCAAAACUCAGGCUUCCUCUGAAACGCAGAUGGCUUUGAAUGCUUGGUCCGGUCCCACUGCAGAUGCUAGCAAAACCUUUAAACCUUUUGCAAAAAAUCCCCAGAAACAGGCUCGCUAUGAUCUGUACAUCAACAAACUCAGAAAGGGCGAUAAAGAUGCCCUGGAGUCGAGUCUGGACUCUUCCAUGACUGAGUGGGAGAGAUGGAGAGAAAGGGAGGAAUUUGUGCGUGCUGCAUUACUCUAUAAGCCCAGCAACUCUUCUCUCUCCUCACGUUUCACACGUGGCAAACAUGAGGAUGAUACAGACAGUGUUGAGGUCACACAGGAUCAAGAGAAUGAUGUGGAUGACCAGCAGGCCGCUGUGAAGAUGAAGAUAUUUGGAAAGCUGACCAGAGACACUUUUGAGUGGCACCCUGAUAAACUAUUGUGUAAAAGGUUCAACGUUCCAGACCCUUAUCCAGGGUCCAGUACUGUGGGAAUGCCUAAAAUAAAGAGAGAUAAGUACUCGGUCUUUAACUUCCUGACAAUAACGGAUAGCAGCCAGGUCAGUAGGGAGGCCCCGAGUGCUUCCAAACCUCCCAGCUCCAGCACAACCCUUCCCCAUUUGACUCCAGAAGUCAAUAAGAAAUCCAGGUGGGACAUAGCAGAGCAGGUAUCUGAACCAAAAGACCCACUUAGUGCGUUCCUCAGUGAAACGCGCAGUGAAGUUUCAGCGGCCAAGCAAACCGAAGCUGGGGCCAAGAACCAGACCGACUCUUCACAUGCUUCUGCCACUCCAGAGAUAAAAGUGGCACAGUCCGAUGGGAAGCAGACUGAGCCAAAGACUGAUGAGGAGGAGGAGAAGGAAGAGGACGAAGAAGAAGUGAGGCCUCCUAUGGAUCUCUUUAAAGCCAUCUUUGCCAGCUCUUCAGAUGAGAAGAGCUCAUCUUCAUCUGAAGAGGAUAGUGAAGAAGAAGGUGGCCCCUCUUCAGAGACACCCAACCCACCCAUCUCAGCUCAGAUCACUCCUGCUCCUGACGUCAGCAAAGUGCCAGAUUUAAAGCAUCUUACAGUCCAGAGCAAGCCAUCUGCUGAAACAACUACAGCACAAAAUACCCAGUCCUCCUCCCAUAGUGCUCCUGAUAAAUCACAAGGCCUGGAUGAAGAGGAGUUUGGCCCCAGACUGCCACCUCCUGGGUUUAUCCCAUCUGCACACUCGCCGCAGCUGAAGAAACAAAAGAAGAAAGAUAAAGAGAAACACAAAGCCAAGAAACACAAAAAAGAGAAAAAGAAGAAAAAGAACAAGAAACAUAAGCAUAAAGGGAAACAGAAGAAGAGGGUAGAUGAGUCUAAUAGCAGCUCAGACGACACCGACUCCAACAGUGAAGAUGAAAAUAGAGUUGUGUCUACUAGUGAACUGCUCCAGAGGUUAAAAAACGUCAGGAACAAGAGAUAGAAUGUGUCUGAAGAACCAAGAGUGAAGAUUUUGUCUUACAAAAACUUCAAGAUGAAUAC